AUGCAGGCCAACCACGAGCUGGAACUCGACGUUCUCCGGUCGGACGUCGCGGACGCACUCACCAAGCUUGCAGCGCGCGACGCCGAGGUCGACCAGCUUGCCUUGGAGCUUGAGGCGAGUCACUGCGCGGCAGGCAAGCUGCGCGUCGACUAUGACGUGGCAGCGGGUGGGCCGUGGGCGCCAAUAGCAGCCUUUCCACAGACACCAGGCGGUCGCCUCUUUGCGGUUGCGUGCGAGACGUUUGUAAGCGUCGACAGCGAAAGUCAAACCGAGAUGAUCGCACCGUCGAUCGCAGAGCUGCUCGACGACCUCCCGCCUCCACAAGAGCGCGCGGUCGUGCUUGAAAUGGUUCUGGAAGAGCUUGGGCUCGCGCACGCCGACGUCGAGUCGCACCGUGUCUGCGUGCGCGAUGUUCAGAUGCAACUCCUCGCGACAGAAUCGCAGCUCGCGAAAGCCGUCGAAACAAAUCACAUGCAAGCGGAAGAGACCGCGUGCCACCGCCAAGUCCACAGUCCUCUUCGCGACGAGCUGCUCCCGAGCGCAAUAUCACCCGUCGACCUCGGCGAUUGCAACAUCGAGAGAGAGCAACUGUACAUGCACAUUGAAGACCUCCGAGCGACCCACAUUGCGUCGACCGAUGCAGCCCAAAUGGCACUGACGCUUCUAGAGAGCGAGGCCACAGCGCUCUCCACCCGUGCUGCCGAAGCCGACAUCCGCAUUGCACGGCUCACAUCGGCGUUAGACGAGGCAGAAAAGACGAUGAUUUCGCUGCGUCAUCGCGCUGCGACGCAAGACGCUGCGCUCAUCGAGGCUUACGCUGCGCUCACGAAGCAAACGGAGGAGCUUGCGACCUGCUACACCGAGAAUUCAUGUGCCCACGCGCGCAUCGCGGCGCUUGUGGCCAACCACGCGGCUGUCGUUGAGCAAUUGGAGCAGCACGGUAUGCAGAGCGAAGAGUUGUCGCCGGUACGAGGGCUGCAGGACCUCGUUGCGCGCCAAGAGACGUGCUUGGCAACAAUGGCCGAAGAAAAGGUCACGCUGCUCGACCACUUGCGCACGCAAGCCAUCGAGUUGCAGCAACUGCUCUCGCCGGACGUGACAACGAUCGGUGGCAAGGCCGACGACGCGCGCCCGACGCUGCUAUUGCACCAAGAACUCGUGCACCAACUCUCGUCGCUCGUGCGCACCUUGCAGUACGACGUGGAAAUGUACAAGGCGACGAUCGAGACGCUCGAAGCCGACCGCCGCGUGCUUACGUGCGAAGACGACGA